AUGGAGAUCAAAAGUACUUCAACACUACGACGUGGUGGAGGUGGUGCCAAGCGGGCUACAAGAACCCUCAAUCCAACUCAAGUUUAUGAUUAUGCACUUCGGUGUGCCAUUCGAGCCUGUAUUGAACAAAGUGGUCCACAGCCGGUUGUAAAAGAACCAAAGAAGGAGAGACAAUCGGUUCACAUUGGCGUCGGUGAUGUGUUUGGAAGUAUUACAGACAAGUUUGGCGAAGAGAGUAAACCCGACAAGUUGACAAAGGAAAUCGUGCGAGGAUUGAUGCGUCGAGUGGAUGACAUUAGCAAAGCAAAGGACACAUCCAAAGCAGAAUACCAAGACAAGCGCUUCUUGACUGUUAUCUCGCAGUUCCAGAAAGUCUUGUUACAGCAUCGCUACAAACCAACCGGCACUGUCAAUGACCUCGUCAUCAUCUUUCUCAAGACUAGUGAAGUUGAGCUCAAACGAGCUAACCCAAACCCGGCUAUCUGGUACGAAGAGCUGAAUCGAUAUAUUGCCAUUUUUGCAGAAUUGGUUAUCCAGACCGUCCAGGAAGAUGCUCCGUCGGCAGCAACCCCAGAACUGAUGGAGAAACUUAAUGGGUUUGUGGGACCAUCAAAGUCUGCUGCUGCUGCUGGAGGAGGUGGGGAAAAUGGUAAGUCUGGAGCAGGUGCUUCUGGAGGCCGUCGUGCACCAGAAAAGAAGCCCACUCCAGGCGCACCUUCUUCCCCCCUUCCGUCUGGAUCGAUCGAAGCCCUGGAAAACUUUCCUAUGGUCAAGACCGUCCAGAGUCUUUUUCAAAUGGAUGAUGCGGAUCAUCGAAAGAAAUUACGUGAAUUACAACCCAUCUGUACAGAAUCCGCUCUCUUACUUGAUCUCAAAAAAUGUAUAAACAAUGUACACACAAACCAACCCUUUCCAGGAAGACGCGAAGAUUUCCCUAGUCAACAGAUGUACGACAACUGGCAGAAGCGUGAACUCAAACAGCUAACAGAGUUAAUGAAGACACUCAUGUUGAUGAACCCAAAGCUCUCUCUCGGUGCAGGAAGCGAAACAGAUGUAGGCAGCUCAAACUUACUUGCCAAAGGUCCCACACGUCGGCAGGGAUCCCUGACUGAUACCAACAGAUCCUCGAUCUACAAUAUCCAAGAAGAUGUUCCUCUUCCAAGCCCUCGUACAGAAUCCCUUCAGAGCCCCUUUACUUAUGUUCCCAAUGAUCCCCGUUCAUUUUUCCGUCUGCUGAUGAAUAUGUGCAUUGAUUAUGACACAAAAGUAACUCCGGAUGCUGAGCGUGCCAAGACCAGUGUUCUGUCACAACAAUCGGAUGAACUUCUCCGUGAAUGCUGGAAGACAUGGCGUCUCACAUCGCCUUAUCGAGCAGUCUUGUAUCUCGAACUUGUAAAGACUCGGUUUGAAUUAGGUGAACUGGAUUUCGAAGACAUCAGAGACGCCACACGAGCCCUUGACAAAGCAAUAAAGGAGAACGAUGUCAAUUCAUGGGCUAUAAAUGAUAUGCUUUAUCAGAAUAUUGGAAAAUUAGGCAACCCAGAAUGGGUGGCAGACUUGGUGGGUAUGCUUGAUAAGAUCUAUGAGAAUACAGCUUACCUUGAAGACCAUGCCGAUCCCCUCCAGGAGUUUAUUCUUCUUGAAGAAACAAUAGAGGGUGCAGCUGUUGAGCGGUGGAGAUACAUUGAAAAGGUGUCCAAUAAUCCAGAAAACGACGACCUCACAAAUCUUUUGACCAUGGCAGACAAGCUCCAAAAGGAACUUGUUUCUCUUUCAAAGCGAAAAUUCAAAACACCAAUCAAAGGUAUUCUGUCAAUUCCUGGAAUUGUCAUGUCAAGACAGAUGCCCUACUUUGCCUUGGAAAUCGACAAUUGGGCAUUUUCAAAAGAAGCCUCGACAGCAUCUAUUGAUGUAACAUUUGAAUUCUAUCAAAAGGUUCUCAGUUUAAAGAGACUUUAUGAUCAACAUGGUCCAAAAAAACAAACUUCAUUAUUCAAAGUCGAGUCAUGGUUCUUACAGCAUGUUCGACGAUGGUUGAGUACUACAAGUGCAGCAACUCUUGAGUGGGUUGAGAAUGCCAUCAAGGAAGAUCAUUUUGAGAGCAUUAAUGAAACGGCAAUGCAUUCUUCAUCUAUUGUUGAUCUCUUCAGUAUGUUUCAUCAAGCAGUUGAUUUUGUUCAAAGUCUUCAAUGGCCCAACGAUCUUCAACAUUGUCGUUUCUUGACAGCACUUUCAAAGGUGAUUGGUGUUGCUAUUGAAGAAUAUACCUACACUUUGGAGGACAUGAUUACCGAAGAUAUCAACCCUCGUAUUGAACACACACCCGAAGUUGCAGCAAAUACUUCUUUCCUCGACAGAGCCAGAUUCCAGCUUUAUGGAGCACGGGGUACAGCAAAAGAUGAGGGAGUUCCAGCAGAUUUUACACCAGAGGCAAUUAAUGACAUUGAAGCUGCCCGUGGACGACUCGACAGACUGUACCAGAUCAUGGAAGUCGACGAUAUUGCCGAAAUCAUGCGUGAAUUUGGAUCGCCAAGCACGGCAGUAGAAAAGACCGAAAACAACAACUUUCUGUACUCGAUCAAGAUCGUGCGCGCCGAGGAUCUGCAGCCCUUGGACAAGAAUGGACUCAGCGACCCAUAUGUUGUGCUGGAGAUCAACGGCAAACAGAUCACCCGUACCCGCACUGUCUACGAAACGCUUAACCCGCGCUGGGACCAAAUCUUUGACAUCUGGCUGACCGAAAAGGCCGUCGAUGUCCUGGCGGUUGUUUAUGACGAAGACAUGAUUGGGGCCAACGAAGAGUGUGGUCUGGUCUGGUUCAAGCUCUCGCCAGAGUAUUUUGACGAUUACCAGUCCCAUGAGCUGGGGCUUAACUUGCACCCACAGGGUAAGCUGAUCCUCAGAGUGAGCAUGGAAGGUGAAAAGGAUGACAUUCAGUUCUGGUUCGGUAAGGCGUUCAGAACUCUCAAGCGAGCUGAAAACGAUGCUGCUGGUUUAAUUGUUGACAGAAUGGGUCGUUAUAUGCGCCAGUGUCUAUCACGCCGGAUACUAGAUAGAGUAUUGGGAAGAGACCGCAGUUUCUUUUCUGCUUUCAACAGAGCUACAAAACAAGCCGACAUUACCUUACAAGAAUGUGAAGACGCAAUUGCACCUCUUCUGGAUUAUCUGGAGAAGAACCUCCAUGUCCUCAACGAUCAUCUUUCGGAGGCCAAUAUGCAAAUGGUUCUUCUUCGAGUAUGGAAAGAAAUUCUCUUGACUCUCGAGUGUGUAUUGCUACCACCACUUUCUGAACAACCUUCUGAAAUGAAGCCCUUGGAUGAUUAUGAAAUACAUGUGGUAUUCAAAUGGCUUGAGCUGUUGAAAAUCUUGUUUAAUGGUGGUGAGGAUGGUGAUGCUGUGCCAAUCGAUAGACUCGAGACAUCUCAAUACUAUGCUCUGUUGGCCAUCAAUGCGGCUUAUAAUGUUGAUACCGAAACAUUGAUCCAGGACUACCACACGGUCUUGAAAAACCAGGUUGAAAUGAAGAUGAGAGGAGGUCGUAAGGCAGACAGAAGUAAGACAGUCUACCACUCAAAGCACACCGUCCGAAGACGCAAAACCGAUCGCAAGUCUGUCUCGAUGGAUAUGCCAAGUAGUGAAACAAUCUUGCGUAUUCUUCGGAUGCGACCCGGUAAGCAUGUACAGAGUUUCUUGCAUGCCGAAUUUGAGAAGCGCAAGAAUCCACCAAAUGCGGCUCAGCAGCAACAACAACAGCAGCAGGACCAACAGUUGCAAAUACAAGAGCAAUCUCAAGAGGGACUACCACAACAGCAACAGCAGCAACAGUUUAUUGCUUCUGGAGACAAUGCUGAUGUUAUCUUACCCAUGGAGUCAGGGUACCCAGGUACACCUUCGGAAGAAACAACACUACCCAUGUAA